AUGACUUGUCCAGAGUUGCAUAAAUCACGCAAGUUCAACAGUCGAGAUUCCAGAACGAAGGAAGAGAAUUCAAGUUCAGGGGAAUAUGAAACUGAUUCAAGCAGUAAUUCAGAUUCAGAGGAGCAUGAAACCAAAGCUGAUAAAUCUAAAGGUAAUUAUUACCAAGAAAAGAUAUUACGUAACAAGAGGAAACAGCAGGAAAUCAUGAAGUUAAUUCAGUUAAAUGAGGCAAAACAAGAUUUUGUAACUGCUCUAGAUGAAAUAAUACCCAAAAGAAAGAAAACAUUAAAUAAGAAGAGAGAAAAGAAAAUAUAUGAAGGACCUCUUAGAAAAAGUGACCGUCAUAAGGAUAAAACAAGAAAAAAUCUUUCUAUGAAACGAAUGUUUGCUCAUGCAUUUUCUUUGGACUCAGAUGAGAUGGAAGAUGAUUCAGAAAGUGAUGAUCCUAGCCAUAGGGAAAGGAAAUCUACAUUUGUAGUGGAUUUCUUGAUUCCGGCACUCAAUCAAAAGACUUACGGGGAUCUUUUGAUGUGGGAUCCCUUUAACCCUACAUGUUUUUUAUUGAAAAAUACACCCAUAAGUUCUUCAUCUUGGAGUCCAGAGCAAUCUGCAGUUUCCACUGCUUGGGAUCAAAUCAGAGGACGAGGAGUACCGAAUAGUCGAUUGGACUUCUACAACUCCAAAAAACGACUAAGUGCAGUUCUGACUAUUGCAAAAAAUAUUCAAAAUGUAAAAAGGGUUGGUAGAUAUCGGAGAUACAAAAUUUUAAAUUUAGAUGAUUAUAAAGUGCACCAAGAUUUUCAAUUGAACUGCCCAACUAAUGGAAACAAAAAUAUUCCCCUUGUCUUAAAAAAAGAAUUGGAAGCUGAGAAGAGGAAGCGAAAUCUCCGAAGGAAAGGUAUUGAAGAGGAUUCUGAAUGGGAUAACUCAGAUGAUGAUGACUUGAUUGAUGAGCCUCUUGUAUUAGAAGGUAUAGAUAGUAAAAAUGCUCGAAGAAGUAGUCGUUUGAAAGAUACCAAAGUAAAUUACUCUCUUGAUGAUUUGUUUACUCAUCUUUAUGGAAAUCCUGAAAUGGAGCGAAGUCAGACAGAUGAAAAUAAAAUUACUGUAAGAAGAGUUAAAAAAAGAGUUGAAACAUUUCAUCCAGAGGGAUCUGAAUGUUCUGAACGGCCAAAAGUACUUUUGUGUCGCUUACCACAAACUGAAGUAUCAAAAUAUUGUCAUGAUGUUGAAGUGAAACAGGAGCAGACAGAUGAAAAUAAAAUGACUGUAAGAAGAAUUAAAAAAAGAGUUGAAACAUUUCAUCCAGAGGGAUCUGAAAGUUCUGAAUGGCCAAAAGUACUUUUGUGUCGCUUGCCACAAACUGAAGUAUCAAAAUAUUGUCAUGAUGUUGAAGUGAAACAGGAGCAGAGAGAAGAAAAGGAAAUGCCAAGAAGGAAAGUAAAACAAACAGAUGUAUCACCUGAAAUAUCAUCUACCAAAAGUAUCAGCUGAGAAAUCUUCCUGGCCAAAAUAUUUCUCUGAUGCAUCUCACAGAUUUGAAGAAAAUACUGAAAUGUUGAAAAAUUGGGAUUAAUUCAGUUUAUUGUUAUUUUUUAAAAAAAAUUAUCAAUGACUUUAUUUUCUUGAUUCUUAUUUCAAUGAUUAUAUUAUGAUUAUAUGUUUGUAAGAAAAUUUGUUUUGUGCAACGAAAUGUAAAGCUUUGCUGCGUUUCAGUCAGGCCCGGUCUAUACAUUUGCCCCCCCCCCCCACCCCCCAUCCCUCUGCAAAAAAUCACUGGACUUCUAACCGCCCACAGGAUUGCUCUAUCCCCCCCCCCCAUGCCAAAAGUACGUUUUUUUAACCAUGAAUUCUAACCAUGUUGUAUGCUUUUAACUGCUUCAAUAUUUCUACUAAAAUUUUGAAUUUAUUUCUUUAAAUUUUUUUUUUUAAUUUAUUUAUUAUUUUUAGGUUUUGAUGUACUUGUUUAAACGCUUCUAAGUAACUGUGCGACUUUUUUUUAACCUGAUUUUUGGUAAUUCAUUUUAGUUGUGUCAGCAAAAAAACAAAACUCCCGUAACUUUAGUCUCUACCCCCCUCCCCCCGUGCUUAUGUGCUUCAGUAGUAUGUGUUGAGUUUACAUUUUCCCUAACAUUUUUACCAAAGCAUUACAAAAAUAUUUUCAACUGUACACAGGGGCAGAUUGCACAAAACUGAGCAGCUAAGAUCAGUUCUGCAAAAACAGCAUACUCCCAUAUAUUCCUUCUUUCACUAAAAGGAGAGAAAUCUGAAAAGGACGGGUGAGGGUGGAUCAUUUAAUGUAGAAAUUGAUGACGAACCACUCUCUAAAUUUAUGUUGAUCUUCGACCAACUCCUCCGCCAACCAUUUGUUUACUUGUUGGUACUUGCGAUACAAAUGGAAUGAAACUACUCUUUUGGUUGAAGACUAACAAAGACAGUUCACAGUUGCAUUACAUACUUCUUUGAGGAACAGGUGAAACGGAAUACUGUCGCAGGAUAUCAGGGGAUGCCUCAUUUCCAUACAGAGCAACUAGCUCCAUCACUACAGCUUCGAAUAAAGCUUCAGAACUCUUUUAAGGAAGGAAAGUUAUGAUGGCCUGGUAAACUGUAUAUCAGUUCGUUUGAAAAACACCGCACAGUUUUGUUUUUCUUAGACAGACAUGGGAAGAUGUGGUAUCACAUCUACUAACUGCGUGAAGAAAAAACACGAAUCUAAGUGGUAUUCCAUUUUUCCUCUGUUGAAAAAAAAAAUUAUAAUAAAGCUAAAUAAAAAUUAACUGGACUUUGGCACUUUCCUGAAAGGAAAUAUUUUGAAUGUUUGAGACAAAACAGCAAAAAAAAAAGUAGAUCCACCUCCUGUUCAUCAUCGAUCACAAUCUGUUGAGAUUUACUUUUUUCGAUGGUGGUUCGGAUAAUGUUUCAAUCAGUUUCUCUAGUUGUUUUUUUCUUCAAUGCCCUCAAGUUCCAACGUAGGGAGCAGCUCGUCAUUAAGGUGUUGUUUAUUACACGAUUUGGAAAAACAUUUCUUAAGGAGCACUCUGAUGUUGAGAAGUCAAACAAAUCAUAUUGCGAUAGCACGCAGUCGUUCUGAUGUAUCCGAAGGCAGUAAAAACAUCCCAGAGUCAUUCCAGUUCUCCAAUAAAGUUAUACAUGAACAUAAUUCAGUUAACUCACUGAAACAGCACACAGCUGAAUUAUUUAAAAUAUUACAGCUAUGGAUUAGUUCUUUCAGGCUCUCCUUUAGUUUCAUUAGAACCUGUUCAUCAUACAAGUAUGCUCACAAACUAGGCAAAACUUUAUUGAUUCGUUAAACCGUGAAGUUUCUUUCAGUGUACAUAAAAAUCCUUUGAAUUCAUUUCGUUUUUCACAUCUCAUGUAAAUAAAGGUGAGCAUUUUGGUUAAUGUUUCUAGGUGCAUCCCUAUUUUCCAUACUUUCUGCUUGAAAGAUUUUUCAAUAAGUGUAAACAUUCAAUAAUAUUGCGCUUAAAGUGUACAGGGGGUACAUUUUUCAUUCUAAGUUUUCAGCUGAAUCUUUACAUUUGAUAUGAUGAACCUGGACAGUUUCAUUUGCUUUUGCAAAAAGAAUGAGUAAACUUUCAUUUUCAUUUAUUCUUUAUUUCUCUGCUCUUCCCUCUUUGGGUAAUUGAAUCUCAUUACAAAUUCGUCUGAUACCAAAAUUAUUCUCUAUUCAAAAUAAAACUUGGUAGGUAACUUUCCAGUCAAAAAAUGAAAUACGGCCAAAAAUGCAUCAAUGUUAAAGGCAUACAUACGUAGGGGCAAUCGCCAACGAAAUGAGGGGGUGCCGCAAGGUGCCUCUCGUUUUGACGGAACACGAUGGCAUUUCCACGAGGGGCACCUUUUGGUGCCCCUCAGCUUAUAAAAUGCCCCACUUGCAUAACAUUAAGGGCGCCUUGCGAUGGUUUCAGUGUUAAGUGUUUGUUUUUUAUCUAGUGGGAUAACAUUUUACUAGGUAAAUGUUUAGAUUUUCAACAUUUCCAUUUUUCGAAAAGUUUUUGGGGCAUUAAUGUUUUACAAAUAUUCGAAACAGAUUCAUUGCUUGCAUUUUAAUUUGCAUUAUGCAUAGUCCUCUGAUUGUUCUGUUCAUUAAUAUGUAAAAAUAUUUUUAAAAAAUAGGUAUAAUUAUACAUUUAUGUUAUAACUAACUUAAAUUUUCUGUGUGAAUGGAAUUAAGGGCGCCAGGAAACUUUCGUCCCAGGUGCCACCAGCUCUUUGGGCGGCCCUGCAUAGGGCAAGAAAUGUUUGCGUUACCCGCAUAGGGCUGUCAACUAUUGGCCUAUUUAAUUUUUUUUAUAACCGCUUUGUUUUGCGAGCACACAUAACUAAAAUAAACACACAUUAGAGUCUUAUUACAUCAUUUUUUACCCCUUCAUUUUUUAGUAUGGACCAUAUUGUCUUAAAGUGUUUUCUCUCGUUUCAUCAAAAAUCAAAUUUUUCAAUUAUUUGUCUGUUUUGCAACUGUUAAAGUACUGCUGAACCUACAGACUUCGUUUUUGGCUUAAAUGAAAGCCAGUCGAAUGUAUUGUAACAGUAUGCCCAUUUUUUAUCAGAGUGGGAAUUCAUGUCCAUAUUUUGCAUGGAAUGUGAUCAAAGCAUAAUUUUUUUAUUUUUCGCCGAAAAUGGCCAAUUUUUGAAGUACGAUAUCUCCUAAACUAUUGGUUGUACAAAAUGCCACUUGAGCUUAAAUUGUUCAAAAUUUAAUGUGCUUUAAAACAGGUAUUUAUUAUUCAUAUUUAUUAUCAAAAGUUGGAUAGUUUAGGAGUUACAAAGGAAAAACUAAAAAAAAUCCGGAAAGUUCAGAUUUUGACGAAUUACAUAGCGAGCACAGGUUUUUGAAAACUGCAAACUUAGAUUUACACUACCCUAACUGACCCAAACAACCUAUUAAAAAAUCAGAACUACAUCUUGCUUUGCGAUUUUAUCCUCCUUUUUUUUUUUGUAUAAUAUGACUGGACUAAUAUUCCCCCAUACCUAUGAGAGAGGGGGGCAACAACCAACACAUUUCCUCAUUUCAUAACCACCUGGUUGGGAAAAAAAUUGUUUUUAAAUUUUAUUGAAUUACUAUUAUUAUCAGUGGCAGCAAUUCGGAAGGGGGAGGGAGACUACCCACCCCCCUCACCCACACUUUUUAUUUUUCUGUUUUUUUUCUAUUUAGGAAUCUAAACUAGAAAUUAUAAAACAAGCUGAAAUGUGAAAAUUUUCAGAUCAUAAAUAUUUAUUUUAUAUCUGUUUAUGAAACAUUUAGCACAAGCAGUAAUUUUCAGUUUGUUGUUCAUUGUUUAGAUAUUAGUAAAUCAAUUGUUUUACUUAAACAAGCCAUACUUGCUUAAUGAAAUUAUUACCAAGUAUUUGUGACAUCUUAAAAUACUUUGGAGUAAAUAAUGCAAAUCAAUUACGUCCAGCCUAAGUGUUUCUUCGGUAAAAGUUAUUGCAUACAUAAUUAAUUAAAAUCUUAAGAAAAACGUGAUUAAAGCUGUUAGAUUUACAUUAAUUACCACUCAUAUUCUCUCAAAACCAGCCUUACCAAAGUUUUGUCCUUUUCUUUCUCUCUUUUUCUUCUUUCAUGUUUUUUGCUGCUGUUAAAAAUCUUAUGACUUCUAGUUGUCGUUCUUUUUUUUUUCGUCUCCCCCCCCCCACUUUUUAGUCCCAAUCGCCGCCUCUGAUUAUUAUUAUUUUAACAAUUCAUUUUUCCAUGACAUUUAUACAAAUACAAAAGUGACGACCAGCAACAGGCUCUGGGCCCAGCUAGACUGGUCCUAGUCAAUUUACAAUCCCCAGUGAAGAUCAAUGGCCCUCUUAAAACUAUCUACUCCCUUGCUCAUUACCACCUCUUCCCAUAAACUGUUCCAAGGUUCCACUACCCUGCUAAAAUAAUAAUUUUUCCUAACACCCAUGUUAGCCUGAGAUUUAAAUAGCUUAAAACAAUGACCCCUUGUCCUAUUUUCAGUGCUAAACUUCCGCCUCGUAACAUCUUUCAUUUUAAUAAAUUUAAACAACUGAAUCAUGUUCCCCUCGGUCUCUUCUUUGCUCAAGACUGUACAUUUUUAGCCUUCUAAGCCUGGAAUCAUAGUCUAAGUGAGAAAGUCCAUUUAUUAGCCUUUUAGCUCGCCUUUGAAUCCUUUCCAAUACAUUAAUGUCUUAAGAUAAGGAGACCAAAACUGAACAGCAUACUCCAAAUGAGGUCUUACCAAACUUCUAUAUAAGGGCAGAAGAACUUUUUUAAAUCUCAUAUUCUCUCAAAACCAGCCUUGUUACCCUUAAACAAGAAAACAAACAGGAGCAACCGUCUGAUUUUAAAUGAAUACUUGUUCCUAAAAUUAUAUGAAUAUAUUCCACCUCUAAUGAGAAUAUUUCAUAAAAUAUGAAUUGAGGUAGGGAAGCAUGGAGCCAGGGACAUGCACAAAAGUUUUAAUGUCUGUCACAAGUGGCUUUUAUGAGGCCUCCCCCCAUACUCUCUACCCUUAUGCCCCUACAUAUAUUUCUCUCCAUAUUCAAUUAUCCUUCGUGUCUCCCCCUAAAUAGUUACAUUUUGAGGAAGAUUUUAAAAACCUGUUAAAACCAAUGAAAGUUUUUAUAAAUUUGUUACUUUUGUGACUUGUUGUAGAACGGUACUCUACAAAAAGAAUUUCGAAGUUUUUAAUAUCUAUAUUUUAUUUACGCUUCUUUAUUAAGAGGCACAUCAAGUCAACAAAUGUAUACACAUAUGCUCCGGUGUUACCAUACUAAACAAUACAUAAAACAAACACUAAAUAUUUCUAAAAUUUUGUCAAAAUAGUGUAAUAUUUUCAAAACCCCCACUCUGACCUCUGCUGGUUCUAUAAAUAUUACUAAAUCAUCAAUUUUCACCUUGUAAAUAGCAGCAACAGUACAAAAAGAUUUUUUUUUCCCCCUUUUUGAAACACAACUUUUUAAGUGAUGUUGGAUUUAUCAUCGUGGGAAAUGGGAUGUUGGAAAUAUUUUUUGUCUAAACCUUAUUUCAGAGUUGAUAUAGAUUUCAUGUGGUGGCUUUUUGUCAUACUUGUUGAUAAGGGAGACCGAAAAUUAAAGCUUUUUAAUAUAAUGGAUGCUCUUUACAGCAAAAUCCAAUUUAACAGCAUUGUUUGAUCCAUGUGAUUUUAAAAAGAUGUGAAAUAAACAUGUAUUCAUCAUGUAGAAUCGAUUUCCCAAAGCUUUGUAUAAAUAUAUUUGUUGUAUGAAUAAAUA